GUGAAAGCAGGUGGCGCGCGCACUACACUACCCGUCAUCCCGAGUGGAGCUCGCUCAUGUAUAUUUAUGAGGCGUUUCUGCAGUGAGGCGGAUGGAUAUUAUUGAUGUCUUGCUGAGGAGGUGGUGGCUUCUGCUCACUGAAGAAAAAAAAGGCCUGAUUUUAGUUUUCCAGAACGCACCCGCCUUCGACCAGUCAUCCGCCCGCCGCUCGCGCGACCCGCGUCUCGGUGCGGAGGCUGCUCGCGCGUCACUAAUGGCAACCAGCGCGCGAAAGGAUGUGUGUGCGCGCCUUCCUGAGGGAGAACGAAAAUCGCGUAUAACUUGAGAUUUAACUUCGUAUAUCGUAUAAUUUGGGAUAUAUAUGAUUAACCGUGAUUUUCUGAACCGAAUGGAUGCGGGAAUGAUGCCUCUCCGUGUCGGGAUUUCCUUUCUGUGUCUCUUUGUAGCAGUGAUGAGCUCUGUGAUACAUACCAGCAUCUCCCUGCCUCAUUACGGAGACGCCUUGGUAAAGACGAGGGCUCGGCGUGAUGACGCCAGGUUCCUCGGGAGAGAGAACACGGUACCGGUCCGGUUAGUGUACCGAAUGGACGGAGACGGUCAGACCGCUCAUGAUGUUCUCAACACACGGGCCCGAAUGAGCUCUGACACUGAACAGAAGCACAUGGCUCAGGCUAGCUUCCAGGUGCAGGCCUUUGGACAGACCUUCAUUUUAGACAUGGAACUGAACCAUGAUCUUCUAUCUUCAAAUUACAUUGAGAGGCACAUAUCAAAGGAGGGGAAGUCAGUUGUCAAAAAAGGUGGAGAACACUGUUACUACCAUGGGAAAGUACGUGAUAUUCCAAAGUCAUAUGUGGCGCUUUCAACUUGCCAUGGAUUACAUGGAAUGUUCUUUGAUGGGAACCACACAUACAUGAUUGAACCAGGAGGAGAGAAUACUACAAGUGAGGAGGCCCAUGUGCACAUGAUUUAUCAGUCUCCUGGUUUGGACCUCCCAGAGGACUUAAUUUCUGCAGAUCACCUGGCAGAGUCACCGUUCCAGAACCCUCCACUGUCUAGUGCUGCCCACAGAAGGAAAAAAAGACAGAUAUCGCGAAAUCCACGGAGUGUUUCAGAUGAGACCAAAUAUAUAGAGCUGAUGGUCAUAAAUGAUCAUUUAAUGUACAAGAAACAUCGCCUUUCCGUUGGACAAACGAAUAACUACGCCAAAUCUGUUGUAAAUAUGGCUGAUCUGUACUUCAAAGAGCAACUCAACACUAAAAUCGUCUUGGUUGCGAUGGAAACAUGGGCUGCAGACAACAGAUUUAACAUCAAUGAUGAUCCCAUGGUGACAUUACGAGAGUUUAUGAAGUACCGAAGAGACUUUAUUAAAGAAAAGUGUGACUCCGUUCACCUUUUCUCGGGCAACCGUUUCCAUAGCAACUGGGGAGGAGCCUCAUAUAUGGGCGGAGUCUGUUCACUCACUAAAGGAGGCGGAGUCAAUGAGUAUGGAAAGACUGAAGAAAUGGCCAUAACUCUCGCCCAGUCACUAGGACAAAAUAUCGGCAUCUUUUCUGAUAAGAAACGCAUUUUAAAUGGGGAGUGCAAGUGUGAAGAUAAAUGGUCUGGUUGCAUAAUGGAUGAUGUUGGCUUCUACUUACCCAAGAGAUUUUCUGACUGUAACGUGGAAGAGUAUCAUGAUUUCCUGAACAGUGGAGGUGGUGCGUGUCUCUUCAACAAACCUUCAAAGCUCUUGGAUCCUCCAGAGUGUGGAAAUGGUUUUGUGGAGGCAGGAGAGGAGUGUGACUGUGGAAGCCCAGCCGAGUGUGCUAAAGAAGGGGAGAACUGCUGCAAGAAUUGUAUGUUGACUCAGGGAGCCAAAUGCAGUGAUGGUCUCUGUUGUAAGAACUGUCAGCUGGAGUUUAUGGGUGUACUUUGUCGUGAUGCUGUCAAUGAUUGUGACAUACCUGAAAUGUGCACUGGGAACUCCAGCCAGUGUCCUCCAAACCUGCACAAGAUGGAUGGGUACACAUGUGAGAAAGACCAAGGAAGAUGUUUUAAUGGCAGGUGCAAAACCAAGGACAGACAGUGCAAAUACGUCUGGGGAGAGAAAGCAACAUCGGCUGAUAAGUUUUGCUAUGAGAAACUCAACAUUGAGGGCACAGAGAAAGGCAACUGUGGACGUGACAGAGACACCUGGAUUCAGUGCAAAAAACAGGAUGUACACUGUGGAUACCUGCUGUGCUCCAACAUUUCUCCUGCACCCAGACUAGGAGAGUUACAUGGAGGUUUGACUUCUUUCUCCGUGGCCCAGCACAGCGCCUCACUGGACUGCAGUGGAGGCCAUGUGCUGAUUGAUGGCAACACUGAUUUGGGAUACAUAGAGGAUGGAACCGCUUGUGGGACGGAUCGCAUCUGCUUUAAUCACAAAUGCCUCCCAGUGCAGGAAUUCAACUUCAGCACAUGCCCCGGCACCAACGAAAGGGUGAUCUGCUCCGGACAUGGGGUGUGCAGUAAUGAACUCAGGUGUGUGUGUGACCUGGGCUGGGCAGGUGAGGACUGUAACUCCACUUCUCCUCUGAGUAACUUGCUGGUGCGACCCACAGCCAAAACACCAGGCGUCAUCACUACUAACAUCAUCAUCGGGGCCAUUGCAGGCUCUAUCCUGGUCCUUGCACUGAUUCUUGGCAUUUCUGCAUGGGGAUACAAGAGCUACAGACAGCGUCAAUAUGUUGAGUCAGAAGUACACAGAAGAUUCUGUCGUCAAAUGCCUGCUGGGGAUUACGUGAAGAAGCCUGGAGAUGCAGAUUCUCUGUACAGUGAUAUGCCGCAGGGCGUGAGCUCAAACUCCGGCAGCAGCUCCAAGAAGAGAUCUAAUGGUCUGUCUCACUCCUGGAGUGAAAGAAUCCCAGAUGCCAAGCACAUCUCUGAUGUCUGUGAAAAUGGACGACCCAGGAGCAACUCAUGGCAAGGAAACAUCACAGGUACCCGUAAGAAGCUCAAAGGAAAGAAGUUCCGUCCACGCUCCAACUCUACAGAGUAUUUAACCCCUUGCGUCAAAUCAGAGUAUUAUGUAACUAAAUGGGUAGAAGAUGUGAAUAAAAACACUGAAGGACCUUAUAUUAGGACACUGUCACCCGCCAAAUCGCCCACUUCUUCAACAGGCUCCAUCGCCUCCAGCCGGAGAUACCCCUACCCCAUGCCUCCCCUUCCAGAUGAGGAGAGGAAGGCCAACAGACAGAGUGCCAGGCUGUGGGAAACGUCAAUAUAAAAGAACUCCUCGAAACUUGUCUGCAAAACUCCGUAAGGAUUUUCCUCCGCAUUUGUAUGAAUGAGAAAAUGAAAUAAGAAAAUAAGGAAUUCAAAUGGAGAAACAAGGGACGAGUGAAUGGAAGAAUUGGGCUUGGUCUUCUCUGAUCUCUGUUCAGCAUUUUUGGCAUGGAGCCGUCCCACCCUGGACAUUAAGGAGUGUGGUAUCAGAUUCCCAUCCCUGCUGUCAUUCAUAAACAGGACUCAGGAACACGAUUUCAUCAUGGGACAAACCCGGAAUGGCAGCCGUGCUAAGCAGAAACAGAAACAACAGCAGCCACUCAUGCCCUGGUUAAACCCCGCCCCCUCUUGUGACCCCACACAUCCCCUGCCCCGCCUCCAAACACAUGCUGUCUUGUGAUUGGUGCCCUUGUUUCCCGGGUGCAAGAAGCUCAUGCAGGAGCAGGAAGUUAACUAUUGUUUUGAACGCACGCUGUCACUGUAGAACCUACUGCUGUAUGCAUGAGAAAACAUGUUUAUCGAUUCCUUGUAGUGUAACGAUGUACAAAUGUUUUAAGAUCUUUCACUCAAGGGUGCCGCAUGUAUUGAAGGACAGCUUCGUAGGCUGGUAAGAUUCAAUCUCAUCUCAAACCCCCCACGUCCACUUCACCAGAACAUCAUCUGGGCCCGUUCAUGCUGUCAUCUCUUCUCAAAGAAUUUUGUACAUAUGUCAUAUAAUUCAGAGUGAAAUGUGAGAGUGUAGUAUUUUUCGGUUUUAAUGUUUGGUUGUGCAGAGUGUGGUGGAACUUCUCUUCUGCUUUAGAGUGUCUGUCCUGUGAUCGUCUUUCUAAACUUACAGAAUCCAUCACAAGCCUAGCACACGCUACAAGGCAGAAGCGCCAUUUCAUGAUUUCUGCAUUAGUCCCAGAUCAUAGCAAUAUGUCAUGAUCACUGACACUUUUGUAAUGUCCAAAAUCUUGUACUUCAAAUUGAGUAGUUGAAGAUGUCAAAGGGUUAGUUCACCCAAAAAUGAAAAUUAUGUCAUUAAUGACUCACCCUCAUGUCGUUCCAAACCCGUAAGACCUCCGUUCAUCUUCGGAACACAGUUUAAGAUAUUUUAGAUUUAGUCCGAG